AGUGAUGUUAGUCAUGUUGCGUGAAUGGUUCCGUUGGGACAUUGAAGAAAUUUUUUUUUAACCAAACGAAAGGAAACAAUAUCAUUAAUGUUGUAUAAACACACGUUUGUUUGAUACUUUAGCUACAUCGAAGGAUGAUCGAAUAACGUGACAUCAUAUCCAAACCGACGCUAACAUCCUGCGGUCCUUAGUACAACUGUGAUUAUCGUGUUAUAGACACCCGCGAUGCGUUACAUUACAUUAUUAUUGACGAUAUUUAUAUCGAAAUCUAUGUGUCUAACGCCACAGUGCAGAAAUGAAAAAGGCGAACCUGUUGAUUGGUUUUACAUGUACAAGUUACCCAGAGAGAAGAAUCAUCUGAACCCAUUGAUUCGUAAAGGAGUGGCGUAUAUGCAUCUCACGCCCUCAAAGCUGCGAGGAGGAUGGAUAAUGUCAGAUUUGUCUAUCAGCGAUCCACGUUCGAUGCUGGGUAGGACACUAUCGCCAUUGUAUCAGGAUAGGAACAUAAUUUCCGUGUUGUACAACGAUCAGCCGCCGGCCGGUGAAAAUCAGCCUGACGUUUUGCAGUCCGUUGCUGCUAUGUACUCGAAAAGUAAAAAAGGUACGGCGAAGCAAGCGGGCAUGAAGAAGUUCAAGAAGUUCAAGCUCGGCGAUAAGUACUACGACGAUUAUGACUUGGCGGAAAUGUGUAAAAUGCACUCCAAGUUCAUGAAAACGCGCGUCGAGAAUGGCCACACCAAGGGUGUGAUACUUGGCGACAAGUUUACUUCGCUUUGGCUGGUACAUUCAGUGCCCAGAUUCCCGCCAGUGCCAGACAUGCAUGGUUUGAACGUUAGUUCGUACGACUACCCAACUACUGGUAUGAAAUACGGACAGUCGUUUCUUUGUGUGUCGGUGCAGACUUCCACAUUGAAUCAGAUUGCCACCCAACUGAAGUAUAAUGAACCACUAAUAGUUUACCACCACAUACCGCCUGAGUUCGACAGUGAGCUACCAAAUUUAGUUGACGUCGUAAACAAUAAGACUAUUGAUGCAUCGCCCUGGUAUCACAUAGAAAGCUUUGAAACAUUGGUGGGUCGCAAGUUCCUUUCCUUCGCCAAGAGUGCUAUGUUCAAUGAUGAUUUGUACAGUGGACUGGUUGCUGAAGUUCUGCAGUCAGAUUUACUGGUAGAAUCGUGGACUAACGGCCCGGGAACUCUAGAUUCGGAGUGCAGCAGAAAUUUUCAGGUUAGAAAUAUAGAGCGGCUGAAGUUUCCUAUAGCGAAGAUGUCGUUUACUUCUCAUGACGACCAUUCAAAGUGGGCAGUUGCUGUCGCACACAAGAUGCAUAACAGUCAAGAUACCAAGGUGGCAGACUACUGGGUCUGCGUGGGAGAUAUCAACAGAGCGUUACCACAGGAAUCGCGCGGUGGAGGCACCGUAUGUACUUCAGGACCAAUAUUAUGGGGCAAUUUCGCUCACCUUAUCGAGUCUGUACAAACAUGUACUUAACUAUUAUUAUAAGAUUAAUCUAAAGCGGUCUCUAGAUUGAAUUAACAUGCUAUAAUAAUAUCAAUUAUUAAGCCAAUUUGUAAAUACGGAUUAUAUUUCUUUUUAAAUUUAUGACCUUUUUACGCUGGUGGUCUUUACACGCAA